AUGGGGUUUUCGAUCCCCUUGGGUUGCUGUCGCCGUUUACCAUCCACGGCAAGAUCAUCAUCCAGCAUCUCUGGCGUUCCAACUGUGGAUGGGACAGAAGAAAUCGACGAAAAUUCCUGGACGUUGUGGCAGCGGUGGAUUAAUUUGUUGCCGGAGGUCGAAACUAUCCGGAUUCCUCGCUGUCACAUCGGAGGCGCCAAGUCCGCUGAAGUCGAUUCCCUGGAAGUCCACAUCUUCACCGAUGCCAGCGAACACGCAUACGGCUGCGUAGCCUAUUUGCGAGCGGUAAUUGAGGGUGAGGUCCGCUGCAGCCUGAUGAUGUCCCGGGCCAAAGUAGCCCCGAUAAAGCGGCAGUCGAUUCCCCGUUUGGAGCUGAUGGGUGCCGUUCUGGGUGCGCGAAUGAGCCAGACAAUUCUGAGCAUGAACUCGUACCAGAUUGCCCGCACAGUUUUCUGGACGGAUUCCCGCACCGUGUGUAGUUGGCUCAACUCGGAUCAACACCGCUACAAGCAAUUCGUUGCAUUUCGAGUCGGAGAGAUUCAGGAGCUGACGAAGGUGGCGGACUGGCGAUGGAUUCCGACCAAGCUGAACAUCGCAGACGUGCUGACGAAGUGGGGUCAAGGUCCGCCGUUACAAAGGUACGAAAAGACCAACGAAGAAACGCGAGGUGACGUCCUAUUCCACGGGGCGAUCAACGUCGAACCAAUAUCCAGUUGGGCGAAGCUACUGCGAGUGACAGCGACCGUGGUACGCUUCAUCGCCAACUGUCGGCGAAAGAUACGAGGAGAGCCGGUAGUUGCUGCACAGGCUACAGCAAAGCAGCAGCAGCUGAAGAAGAUGACGGCAGUGAACUACGAAGCCAUCGAAGCGCCACUUCGGCGAGAAGAGCUCCAGCAGGCGGAGACAAUCCUGUGGCGGCAGGCUCAGUGGGAUAGCUUUCCGGAUGAGAUGAGCACGCUAACCAACAACGUAGCACGACCGCCGGGAGCACGGUUGGAAAGUAUAAAAAAGAGUAGCCAAAUCUACAAAAGUUCGCCGGCAUUAGACAACGAAGGGGUACUACGCAUGGAUGGAAGACUGGCAAACAGCGUGGAGAGUUCCUUCGACCAACGGUACCCGAUAAUUUUGUCGCGUUCACACGCGAUAACGCAGAAGCUGAUACAGCACUACCACGAGCAGUUCGGACACGGUAAUUCGGAGACCGUAUUCAACGAGAUGAGGCAGCGGUUCCAGAUCCCGAAAAUGCGUCCAGCGAUUCAUCAGGUAGCUAGCAAAUGUAUCUGGUGCAAGGUCAACAAGUGUCGUCCACGAACACCGAAAAUGGCUCCACUGCCGGUUGAACGGGUAACGUCUAGUCUUCGGCCAUUCAGCUCCGUAGGUUUAGAUUACCUGGGUCCGGUGGAAGUCACGGUUGGCCGGCGAAAAGAGAAGCGUUGGGUGGCAGUCUUCACCUGUUUGGCUGUACGUGCAGUGCACCUAGAGGUUGUGCACAGUCUCACAACCGAGUCGUGUCGGAUGGCCAUCACUCGUUUCCGCAGCAAGUUUGGCAAGCCAAGCCAAAUAUUUUCCGACAAUGCCACUUGCUUUCGCGGAGCGAACAACGAGAUGGUGAAGAUGGACGUCAUCAAUCGGGAGUGUGCAGAGAUCGUGGGCAGCUCAUCUACCGCGUGGCAUUUCAUUCCGCCGGGUACCCCACACAUGGGAGGCGUCUGGGAGCGAAUGGUGCGGUCGGUGAAAGAGGCGAUGCGGGCGCUUGACGACGGGAGAAAGCUCUCGGACGAGAUCUUGGCGACAACUCUGGCGGAAGCGGCGGACAUGAUCAACACGCGUCCGUUGACCUACUUGCCGCAAGACUCUGGGGAAGCAGAAGCACUGACGCCGAACCAUUUCCUACGGGGAACGGUGUCGGGUGCUGACUUGGAGGUGGAACAGUUUUUGACGGGUUCUGCCGAAGCUUUGCGGAACGUGUACAAGCGGUCCCAGUUGCUGGCAGACAGAAUGUGGGAGAGAUGGUGUCGGGAGUAUCUUCCGACGAUCAACCAACAGUCGGAAUGGUUCGACGAACAGAAGCCGAUCGAUGAAGGUGACCUGGUAUUCGUGGUGGACGGGAAGAACCGGAAGUCCUGGAGGCGAGGCAUUGUGGUAGCAGUGAUGAAGGGAUCGGACGGACGGAUCCGAAUGGCGGACGUGAGAACUGCGGACGGCAAGGUUCAAAGACGUGGUGUUGUAAAUCUAGCGGCGUUGGAGAUUCGAUAA